GCCAGACCAGUUCCCUCGGACGAGGAGCCUGAAGCAAGUCAAGCAUGGAUCAAGAGACCGUGGGCAACGUUGUGCUGUUGGCCAUUGUAACCCUUGUCAGCGUGGUGCAGAAUGGAUUCUUUGCCCACAAAGUGGAACACGAAAGCAAGAUGCAGAAUGGACGGAGCUUCCAGAGGACCGGAACCUUCGCCUUUGAGCGGGUCUACACUGCCAACCAGAACUGUGUAGACGCGUACCCCACUUUUCUCGCGGUACUCUGGACGGCGGGGCUACUUUGCAGCCAAGUUCCUGCCGCCUUCGCUGGCCUGAUGUACCUGUUUGUGAGGCAAAAGUACUUUGUCGGCUAUCUGGGAGAGAGAACUCAGAGCACUCCUGGCUACAUCUUUGGGAAGCGCAUCAUCUUGUUCCUGUUCCUCAUGUCCCUCGCCGGGAUUCUCAACUAUUAUCUCAUCUUCUUCUUCGGAAGCGACUUCAAAAACUACAUAAAGGCUGUAACCACCACCAUCUCCCCUCUGCUUCUCAUCCCCUGACGGUGGAAGGCAGGGCCCGUGUGCUCGCCAAAUCAAUACGUGGGAGUCAUAACUCAGCCCGUUAAAGGAGUCUGGUUCUCUUUAGCUAUAAAUCUAAUGAGCAUCUGGGCUCCAUGGCUUCAGUUAAACUUGCUUUUCCGGGAAGAAAACAAUUUCACGUAAGCUCUGCCCCUUGAACGUGGCAGUGGCCCAGGAUUUAUCAUUCUGAACCAUUCUGUAUGUUUCCUGACUUGUCUCGCUCUCUGAAGAUGUUUUAUGCCAAACAUAUGUUUUCCUAAA